GGCCCCAAUCUCGUCGGACGCGGCGCCGGUGCCGGCGCGCCCGCCGCCGGGUUGCCCUCGCGCGACGCUCACAUUACCACCGUCGGUGUGAGGCGCAGCGCGUUCGGCACCGCAGGCAGGGUCAUCCCCAUCACCACCAACCACUUUUUGGUCAAGAUCCCCGAGGCCAUCAUCCACCACUACGAUGUGGUCAUCCGCCCGGACGAGAAGACACUCCCGGCGCGUCUCAACAUGGAGAUCAUUGACCGCCUUCAAAAGGCCAUCGCCCCCCAGAACUUGUUCGCCGCGCGAGAGCUCCCGUUUGGGGACACCCGCAGCCAGGAGUUCGACGUCACGCUCGAAGACCCCGGAGCCCCACCACUGCCCGUCAAACUGACCCAUGUGGCGGAAAUCAAUCCCGAGGUCCUCGCGCGUUUCCUGCAGGGCAAGCAAUCUCAUGAUAAUACCGUGCUCACCGCCAUCACGGUAAGUGCCUUGCCUCACGCGACGCCCCCUUUGUUGACCACAGGUGCAGGCCCUCAACGUCGUCAUUCGCAUGGAUCCUUCCCUCAAAUACCCCUUCAACGUGCGCUCUUCUUCACCAACCGCGAGACGAAGGACAUUGGCGGCGGCAUCGUCCUCUGGCGUGGCUACUUCCAAUCCGUGCGCCCAGCUAUCGGCAAGAUGCUCAUCAACGUGGACAUCAGCACGGGAACCAUGUACAAGGAGGGCUCGUUGUUCAACCUUUGCCUGGAAUUUUUUGGAACCAGGGAUCCCACCUUUGUGUUCCCGAUCAAGCGCCUGACCGAACGUGAGCGCAUCCGUCUGCAGCGCUUCCUCAGCGGCGUGCGUGUCGUCACGGUGACACCGGGCGGGCAGCAGUCGGCGCGGACGCCGCGAGUCAUCAAAAAGCUCUCCGACGCUGGAGCGAACGCCCUCGGCUUCACCACGCGCGAGGGCAAGGCCAUCACCGUCGCGCAGUAUUUCCGCCAGACGUACAACCAUCAGUUGAAGUACCCCGAGGCCGUCUGUGCGGAGGUCGGCAAUGGCGCACUCAUUCCGAUUGAGAUGCUCUAUAAGACCAAGGACGUACUCGAGUUCGCGACGAAGAAGCCGCAGGAUCGUCUGCAGAGCAUCGCGAAUGGACUAGGAGUGUUGCAAUACGGCCAAUCGGAAUAUGUUCGGCAAUUUGGCCUGGAAGUCCAGCCGAAUGCGAAGCCGAUGUCGUUGUCAGCGCGCGUGCUCAUCCCUCCUACUCUGAAGUACGGCGUUGGAUCGAAGCAGGCGACGAUUGUUCCCCGCGACGGCUCAUGGAACAUGGUCGAUAAAAAGUUCUUCCUGCCAUGCGUGAUCAACCGGUGGAUCGUGGUCGUCUUCGAGCGGAAGGCGCGCUUCGAGGAGGAUCUCCUGCAAGGGAUGGUCAGGAACCUUGUCAGCGCCUGCAAAGCCGUUGGCAUCACUGUGAACGACGAGAGACCGAUCUACGAGUGGGUAAAUCCUCAGGGCUCUGUCCACACGCAAUUGUCGCGUAUAGGAAGCCUCUGCAAAGAUAGGUACAAGGUCAUGCCCAACCUCAUCGUCUGCGUGCUGCCCGAGGGGGCAACGGAUCUGUACACCGCCAUCAAACACUUCGGGGACAUUCAGGUUGGGGUCGCCACACAGUGCAUGAAGGCCGACAAGUGCAAGAGGGCGAAGGAGCAGUACUUCGCGAACGUCUGUCUCAAGAUUAACGUCAAGUUGGGAGGCAUCAACACCAUCCCUGAGCCUCGUUCGGUUUCGGCUCUGACUGACCCCCACAACCCCACCAUCGUUAUGGGCGCAGACGUCAUUCACCCUGCCCCCGGAGCCGAGGGUCGGCCGUCCUUCACGGCGUUGGUCGCGAACGUGGACUCCGACACCGCCAAGUACGUGGCCGACUGUCGCGUGCAGACGUCGCGUCAGGAGCUCAUCGAGGACCUGGAGGAGAUGAUCGUACAUGGGGUACCGCAAAACAGGGAGAAGAAGGCCAACCCAGCCCCCACGCGCAUCAUCUUCUACCGGGACGGUGUCUCUGAGGGACAAUUCAAGCAGGUGCUCGAGCAAGAAUUGCCGCUCAUCAAGAAGGCCUGCGCCAGACUCAACAUCAACCCCAAGAUUACCAUGAUCGUGGUUGGAAAGCGCCACCACGUCAGGUUCUUCCCUCAGAGCGAGAGGGACAGGGACAGGAGCGGCAAUUGCCCCGCCGGCACCGUCGUCGACCAGGAAGUCACGCACCCGCUCGAGCUCGAUUGGCCCGCGCACUACAGCGUCCUGCACGAUGAGAACGGUUUUACACCCGACAGCUUGCAGGCACUCUCGUUUGCCCUUUGUCACGUCUACGCGCGCUCGACACGAUCCGUCUCGAUCCCUGCGCCGGUGUAUUAUGCGGACAUCGUCUGCUCCCGCGCGAAGAACCACUACAACCCGGAGGAGGCCAUGCGCUUGGACGAUAGCUCUGGUAUGCCGCAGGACAGGGCCUCUGCCAUCGCGAGCCUCUCUAUGUUCAAGGACGCAUUCAAGCCUCUGCACAAGAACAUGUCCUACCUCAUGUAUUUCUCUUAAGCUGCCAUGUUUGCAAAGUCUCUGAAGUGUAGCGCUUAAUUCUCCCCGUCGCUCACUGUCUCGCUCUGGAUCCCGCACUGUUGUACUGUUGCCUGUCAUGUAUCACUUCGCCGCUCCUUACGCUGUAAUCUUACCCCACGAACGGUCUGGAAUGUUUAUUAUCCAUUGUUGACUCCUCGGAA